AUGUCGGCGCGCUUGGGCCUCGUGCUGGACGGCUCUCCUUCCGCUGUAGCCUGUGGCACUGCUGUGGCCUCCACUCAAAUCAGCUCAGAAGCCUCAGCCCAGCUCAAGCCGGACGGACGCGCAGCAUCGUUACGUGGGAGGAGGAAGCCAGCGACUCGAUUGACCCAGGGUUUGGUGAUUCGUAUUAGCUCACUGAUGGCCACGUCGACGGGGACGGGGACGGGAUGGGACGAGUACGUCGACAGCGCGGCACCGCUUGUUGCGCAGGGCUUUGAGCCGGUCGAUGGCGCGGUGUAUGGACACCAGCCAGAAGGCGACGAGGUCAGUGUAUAUUCCAUGCGCUUUCGGGGCCGAUGGCCAAUGGCUGAGGUCUGGCCAUCUCUUCUCUUCGUCACACCCCCCGAUCGUACCCCACCUUGACCUUGACCAUCACCACCGACACUGCUCCUGAUGUCCGACGGCGUGUUGCACUGCAGGCCGGCGACUCUCCCGCCUUCUCUCUGGGCCGAGUGCAGUUCGCUCUUUCGAGUGCACUGCAUUCGUUGUCGUGCAGCUCCAACGUGCUACUGCUGUGCGUCGUCGGCGUGCCGCGAGCUUCCCCCACCGCGACCGUCGGCGGCCAGUCACCGCAGCUGAUCCGCAUCGACCUCGACCGGCCCACCGAAGUCGACACCAUCGACCUUCCGAUACCACCUCCGACUAUCUCCCAACGCGACGGGUCCACAUCGACCAAGCUGCACCGCGUUCACGUCGAUCCGACGGGGCGACAUGUCAUCGUCUCGGCCACGACCGGCGACAACUUCUACGUCUACGUCGGCGCCUUGCCCAUCGGCAGUUCGAGCUCCAACACGAGUCGUAAAGUCAAGCCGCUGCAGAGGUUGCGAGGCGCCAUCAUCGAGUCCGUGUCGUGGUCGUCGGCCACGGCCUCGGCGAGCGGUGGGCAGGGCAAUGGCUCGAACGCCGUGCUGUCGACGUUCUCGACUCGCGACAUCUUGUUGGGCACCGCAUCGGGUCAGAUCCUCGAGACGUGCUUGCUCGAUCCGACAUUGAGCGAAUCGACAUCCUUCUCCUUGCCUGUACCAGGGAGGUCGGGAACUCCCGAGCGAUACGUCAAAAACCUCUUCACGCUUUCCGAUCGGCAGGCUGUCACAGGAUUGAGACGCGAGUCGUGGGGCAAGCGAGCAGCGGUUAUUGCAACGACACAGACACGCAUCUAUCAAUUCGUCGGAACCUUGAGCGAAGGGAGAUCGACCGACGAAGAAGGCGGUGGCCUGUCGGAGGCCGUCAUGGCGCUCUAUUCGAGCGGAGAGGCGCAACCUAGUAAGUCCCGCAGCAGAGGGUACAGCUGGCGACCUUGGCUGACGACAUUAUCUCUCUCACAGAAUCCCUUGAAUUGCCGGGCGAGCCGAUCAGUUCGGAACUUCACUUUUUUGCCCCCGUCCGAGUUGACUCCAAGGGCAAUAUCGUCGGAUUGGGCCUGCCCAGGAGCGUUGCUUGGCUCACCGGCCCGGGGAUCUACCACGGCGCACUCUCCUUUCCACCGCCUUCGUCGGACCAUCUCCAACCAGGCGAUGGCGUCAUCGAAUCCGCUUCCCUCGUGCCUUUCCCUUCCCAACCCACCGCCCCGACCCACGUCAGCUCGUUGCAGCGCUCCUACUCGGACGCGCACCGACACGUUGCAGAGCGGAUAGAUACUCCCAUCAGUAUGGCUCUGACUGAGUGGCAUAUUGUUCUUUUGUACGAGGACAAGAUUCGCGUCAUCGGGCUUUUGAGUGACAAGAUCGUGUUUGAGGAACCGCUGGAUCUGGUGAGGCACUUGGACCUUUAGGAGUCUUUCCAGAGUAAAUCUUUCCAGAGUAGACUUGCUGACUUCUUUUCACUUCCCGCAAAAGCCCUCCGGAGUCAAGCCGAUCCGACUGUCGACCGAUCCGAUCCGCAAGACAUGUUGGAUGCAUACCGAUCAGUCUAUCUUCGAACUCGUCAUCAAGGAUGAAGAUCGGGAUGUGUGGAAGACGUACCUGCAGCGGUCGAACUGGGAACUUGCACGCAAAUACACGAAGGUGCGCGUUGGGAUCCCUGUUUUGUGUGUGCUGCCGGGACACAUCACUAAGCGUCUCCCAUCUUUUCCAGACUCGACGACAACGAGACCAAGUCUUGUCGGCCGAGGCGGAUGCGUACUUUGCUCAAGGGCGUUAUAUUCAAUCGGCGCAAUGCUACGCUCAGUCGUCCAAGAGCUUUGAAGAGGUCGCCCUACAGUUCGUCGAUAAGAACGAACGCGAUGCGCUGAGGUACUACUUGACCGCCAAGUUGGAACGGAUAAACAAGAGCGUGAGUCGAUGAGCUCGACCCCAAUUUUGGCCAUCGGACCAACUUUCUGAGCCAGGUUCGCGUCGGUUUCCACAGGAUUUGACGCAACGCAUGAUGCUUGCGACGUGGCUCGUCGAGAUCUACUUGUCCAAGAUCAAUCAAUUGGAAGAUAUGGCCGCGGCGGAGCGAUCGACAGAGGACGCGCAAAAUUUUGAGGUUGAGAAACCGAUGAUUGAGGAGGACUUGAGGAACUUUUUCAAGACUUACAAGGCGAGUCUCAUCGAUUAGUCUGUGUGGUUUGAGCUCCGCGCUGAUUUUACUCCUCAAUCCUCAAUCCUCAGGACAACCUCGACCCGACCACGAUCUUCGACCUCCUCCAAUCGCACGGACGGGAGGAGCUGACGCUGUACUAUGCCUCAAUCGUCGGCGAUCAUGAGCGGAUCGUCACGCACUGGGUCCUGGAAGAGAACUGGAAGAAUGCGCUCGUGUCUCUAAACCAGCAGGUGAGAUCGAUUGCGGGUGAUUGGAGCAAUGAGGUGGGAUCUGACUCUUGCAUCUGGCCGUCGAUACCCGCAGGAGGGCUUGGAUGCCUACUACCGCUUCGCUCCCGUUCUCUUGCGACAUGCACCGAACGAGACGGUCGAGACCUUCAUGCGACAGCCAUCACUCGAUGUUCGACGGCUCAUCCCUGCUUUGUGCGCUCCACGACCAUCGACAUCUUCCUCCUCAGGACUGGGGCCGAUACGAAGAUACCUCCAGUACUCGAUCCUACAGUUGCAAAACACCGAGACCUCUGUCCACAAUGCCUUGCUUACCCUCUAUGCAACUGAUCCUUCCGCAUCCGAAGCCGAUUUCCUCCACUUCCUCUCCGUCAGCCCUGAUGAUCCAAUCACGGGCGAAUCAUACUAUGACCUCGACUACGCACUGCGGUUAUGUCGCGCCAACAAGUGUGUGCAAGCCUCGGUGCUCAUCUACGGCAAGAUGGCCUUGUACGAAUCCGCGGUCGACCUCGCGCUUGAACACGACGAUCUCGAACUAGCCAAGAUGAGCGCCGAUCAACCCGAAGACGAUGACCUAUUGCGCAAAAAGCUGUGGCUCAAGAUCGCGCACCACGUCGUCGCGCAAAAAAACGACGUCAAAACGGCGAUGAAGUUUCUCGAAAGUACCGAUUUGCUCAAGAUUGAAGAUGUCUUGCCCUUCUUCCCCGAUUUCGUCGUCAUCGAUCAUUUCAAGGAAGAGAUCUGUUCGGCCCUGGAAGGGUAUUCGGCCCAUAUCGAACGCCUCAAAGAAGACAUGGACGAAGCGACGCGUAGCGCCGAACAAAUCAAGAGCGAUAUCGCCGACUUGCGCCAUCGUUUCAUCACCGUCGACGCAUCGGAGAAGUGCGGGAGUUGUCAUUUGCAACUUCUGACACGACAGUUCUACGUCUUCCCUUGUCAGCAUUGCUUUCAUGCCGAUUGUCUGAUCAAGGAAGUGACCAAGAUCCUUUCGCCCGUCGCGUUGAGGAGGAUGUUGGACCUUCAGGCCAAGUUGGCUCCUUCGACCGCGCCCGUACGGACGAGGAGGACAUUGACGGAGGAUACGCAGAAUCAGGGUCUCAAACUCGCUGUCGCUUCAGUACAGGGGUUGGACCAAUUGCGGAAACUUGUGCUUCCUGAUGCUUUGCUCGGUGCGAUCGGCGGAGCGAUCCCGGGCACAGGCAAAUUACGUUUGGGAGGAAGUGGCGACCUCUCGACGACGCCGCGUUUGGACAAGCCCGCGAACCAUGUUGGGACCGUGUCGGGUGAUAAGGAGAGCUUGAGGGAGGCGUUGGACGAUCUGUUGGCGAGUAAUUGUGUGCUGUGUGCAGGGGGCAUUGCGGCGGUCGAUAAGGGUUUUGUGGAGGAGGGGGAAGAAAUGUAA